UAUGCUUAUGCGCUUAUGCGCUUAUGCAAAAUGUGUGUGCUCUCUCCGACUUUACCCGACAAGUAGCAUAUUUUCGUGUCUCUUCAAAUAAAUUCUAAAAAAAAGAUAUGCUACCUGUUGGGUAAAACUUACCAACAGUUGGAACAACCGUUCCUCAAUCUGUGAUAUCACGUGAAACAGUUUAAUCGUAACCUAACUUAACCUAUGUUAUGAGAAUGCUCAACUGUGAUUAGUCAAUCGAUUAGAGAUUUUUAAAUACAGCAUGGCAGAAAUUGCAGCAAAUUUGAGAUCAGUCUGCGAUAAAAUAUUAUGUGCUGCUACGAAAAGAUCAUUGGAACAUCGAUAUUAUGAACCGCGAUUGACAGCAGUUAGCAAGUUACAAUCGGUAGAAUUGAUAUUAUGCGCCUAUGAAGCUGGUCAAAGACAUUUUGGUGAAAAUUAUGUGAAUGAAUUGGUGGAAAAGGCUUUAAACCCACAGAUUCUUGAAAAAUGCAAGGAAAUUCAAUGGCAUUUCAUAGGCAAUUUACAAAGGAAUAAGGUCAAUAAGAUUUUAAAUAUACCAAAUUUAUAUAUCAUAGAAACUAUCAGUAAUGACAAACUUGCAAAUGUGCUUAAUAACUCGUGGCCAAGAUUUCGAAAGAGCGAUGAUAGCAAAUUAAAUGUUAUGGUACAAGUCAACACAAGUGAAGAAGAGGAAAAAAAUGGCUGUAAUAUUACACAAGUAUCGACUCUUGUAAAGCACAUUAUAAACAAUUGCCAUAAUUUAAAAUUUAUGGGUCUUAUGACAAUAGGAAUGUUUGGAUAUAAUAUUGCAAAUGGUCCAAAUCCAGAUUUUGUCGGCUUAAUAAAAUGCAGAGAAAAGAUGAGUGAUGAAUUAAAGAUUGAUAUAAAAAAUAUCGAAUUAUCAAUGGGAAUGUCUAACGACUAUGAACAUGCGAUUGAACUUGGCAGUACAAAUGUAAGAGUAGGAACAGCUAUUUUUGGUAAUAGACCACAGAAGAAUAUCUUGUGAAAAAAAGAUUGAACUAGAUGAUAUUGUUUUAUCUGAUAUGCAAUGAGAUUUACAUUGUAAUUAUUAUAUCAAAGUUGCAACAUUUUUUCGUUUGAAGAUUUUCAAACAUACAAAUCGCAAAAACAAUUCUAUAAAAUUUUUGUACAUUUUGAAA